CAUCUCCUGCCAGCCAAUCAGGAGCCAGGUGGGCGGAGCCAGCGCGGAGAGGUUCAGCGCAAUUAAACAGAGGGGAGCGCAAUUUAAAUCCAAAACAUCUCUGGAGGCGCGCAGGAGCAGGAAAACACGCACUCAGUGUCUCUCAGCGGGAGAGUGGAGGACAAGUGUCCGCUGGAGAGUCCGGUCCGGUUGGAGAGACGCACCUGGAGAGACGCGCACCUGGAGCUCACCUGAGGAGAGUUAGAGGAAUGCAAAAGGCGCCCGGCUGCAGGAGCAUGAAGAAGAGGAGUUGAGUGAUGGAUUUGUUGGCUUUAAUGGGAUUAUCUCUCCUCUGAGCUCCGGUUCUGAGGGGUCUCUCUGCGGUGCCUCUGCAGCCGCGCACAGCGCCUCAUCCUCGGACUCCUCUGAGCCGCUGCAGCGGUGCAGCCUGCAGGUCGGUGGUUCCUAUGAGCGCAGCGUUCAGUCCGUCUCCGUCUCCGUCCUUCAUGGUGAUGCAGCGGCCACUCGGAAGCACCACGGCCUUCAGCAUCGACUCUCUGAUCGGGGGGCCACCGCAGCCCAGCCCGGGGGGGGGACACUUCGUGUACACCGGAUACCCCAUGUUCAUGCCCUACCGGUCGGUGGUGCUGCAGCCUCCUCCACCUCCUCCACCUCCUCCAGCUCUGCAGCACCAGCACAUCUCCAGCCUGCAGAGCGGCUUCUGCUCCAGCCUGACGCACGGCCUGGCGCUCUUCUCCCCGGCCCAGCAGCACCAGGAGGCGGCCAGGAGGCUCGGCUCGCAGGCCCUGCAUGCGGUGUUCGACAAAACUCAGGAGCUGCGGCUGGACGCGGAGGAAGGCAAGAGUUUCCUGCAGGACAAAGAGGCCAGAGAGGCGGACACCUCCACAGUCAGAGCGCUCAGUAAAGAAGACUCCAAGGAGGACGAGUGCGGCCGGAAGGAUGAGAGCUUCUCCAUGGACAGUGACUUGGACUACAGCUCUGACGACAACCUCACCUCCAUGUGCCACAAGGAGGACGGCGACGGCGGCGGAGGAGGGCUGGACGACGGCGCGCACAUGCACGGUUCCUCCGGCGGCGGCGGCAGCUCCGGAGGCUCCGGUAGCGGCGGCGGCGGCAAGAACCGUCGGCGGCGGACGGCGUUCACCAGCGAGCAGCUGCUGGAGCUGGAGAAGGAGUUCCACUGCAAGAAGUACCUGUCGCUGACCGAGCGCUCGCAGAUCGCGCACGCCCUCAAGCUGAGCGAGGUGCAGGUGAAGAUCUGGUUCCAGAACCGGCGCGCCAAGUGGAAACGGGUCAAAGCCGGGAACGUCAACAACAAGUCCGGGGAGCCGUCCCGGAACCCCAAGAUCGUGGUUCCCAUCCCGGUGCACGUCAGCCGCUUCGCAAUAAGGAGUCAGCACCAGCAGAUGGAGCAGGCCAGACCGUAGAGGAAGAGGAAGAGGAGCAGAACCGAGCCACUGAGUCCCGUGUUGACGACAUCAUCAUUUAAUCCCAUCUAACACCCCCAGUAGGAGAGUUUAUCCUCCUUUACUGGGACUCAAGUAAACCACUAUGUAACUCAUCCAGCAGAGAGAAUCCAGGUUCAACCUCUGAGCACCUGAGGCCAGGAGCUCCUUUUAUCUGGGUUACUUUAAUUACAUUAUUUUAGAUGAAACACACCUGCAGAAUCUCUUUAAUAAUAAUAAUAAUAAUAAUAAUAAUAUCAGCGGUUUUAAGGGACAAAAAGUAGAAACAAAAACCAGCGAACUGCUCAGUAAAGAUGGACGUUUUUCAAAGGUCAUAUUAAUUCAUAUUUCGGUUAUACUUAUUUUUUUAUACUUUCUUUUUUCCAGGUUGUUUUCAUUAUGCAAAAUGUCUAUAAACCAACUUUUAAGUAGAUGAGCUUACAGACCAACCCAUCAAGCACACUAGAGAGAAAAAACAACCUCAACAUUCAAAACCAAGAAAAAAAAAUAAUAUUAAU